AUGACCGAGUCUCCAGGGACAGUGACUUCUAGGAGAAAGAUUGGGCCACUGGCUGAUGGUCCAGUUUUCUUAGGAGUAAAGGAGGUGUUAAAAAGUUUGAAGGAUGCUGUGCUGCCAGAGUGCUAUUUGUAUUUCCAAGAGCAACAAAAAAUGAAGAAGUCUUUGGGAUUAGUGUCUUUUGAGGAUGUUGCUGUGGACUUCACAUGGGAGGAGUGGCAGGACCUUGAUGAUGGUCAGAGGACUUUGUACAGGAAUGUGAUGCUGGAGACCUACAGCAACCUGGUGUCAUUGGGGUACUGUAUUACCAAACCUGAAGUGAUCUUCAAGUUGGAGCAAGAAGCAGAACAAUGGACAAUAGACUCCCAAAACCAGAGUCUACAAGAUGUACAGAUAGUCAAAGCUCUAAUUACAAAAAGCCAAGAACAUCAUGAUACACAUUUGCAGGAUUCUGUAAUUACCAACAGCAAUACAUCAAGUGAGGAGAGAGUUGAAAUAGAACAAGCAUUUCAUUUGAGCUCAAACCAUAUUUCAAAUUCAAUUAUAAAUAGUGAAAAGUAUUUAGGAAUGAGGUGCAAAGAGUUCAAUGUAUGUCAGAAUGCACUUCCUCCUAGAGAGGCUGAUUGGAUGCAUGCUGGAGAGAAAUCUGAUGAGGGUAAUAUAACUGGGAAAUUGUGGAGACAUUGUGAGCAUCUUAAUCAGCAUUCCAAGAUUCAUGCUCAGCAGCAGGCUUUUGAAUAUAGUGGACAAUGGAAAUCCUUCAACACAGAGCCAAUAUUAUUGGAACAGAAGAAAGUAUAUAUGGGAGAGACAUCCUGUAAAUUUGAUUAUGGGAAAGUCUUUUAUAAGUCAGCUGUUCUUGCCCAAGAGACAAUUCCAGUAUCAGAGAAAGCAUUUCAGUUUGAUGUAUGUUUGAGAAAGUUUUGUGAAAAUUAUGCACUCACUGAACAGCAGAAAAUACACACAGAAAAGAAACCCUAUAAAUAUAGUGAAUGUGAUAAAUCAUUCAUGAAGAAAUUACCCCUUAUAAUCCAUAAGAGCACACAUACAGGGGAGAAGCUAUAUGUGUGUAAUGAAUGUGGGAAAACCUUUCACAAGUCCUCAAACCUCAGCAAGCAUCAGAGAAUUCACACAGGUGAAAGAUCAUAUGAAUGUAGUGAAUGUCAAAAAACCUUUCAUGAGAAGUCAAACCUCAACAAGCAUAAGAGAAUUCACACAGGUGAGAAACCAUAUGAAUGUAAAAAAUGUAGAAAAACUUUCUACUAUAAAUCACAACUCAAUGUACAUCAGAGAACUCACACAGGUGAGAAACCAUAUGAAUGCAAAGAAUGUGGAAAAACUUACUCAUCUAAAUCACACCACAAUGAACAUCAGAGAACUCACACAGGUGAGAAACCAUAUGAAUGUAAAGAAUGUGGAAAAGCUUUCUACUCUAAAUCAAACCUCAGUGUACAUCAGAGAUUUCACACAGGUGAGAAACCAUAUGAAUGUAGUCAAUGUGGAAAAACCUUUCACAGGAAGUCACACUUCAGCACGCAUCAGAGAAUUCACACAGGUGAGAAACCAUAUGAAUGUAGUCAAUGUGGAAAAACCUUUCACAGCAAGUCACUCCUCAGCACACAUCAGAGAAUUCACACAGGUGAGAAACCAUAUGAAUGUAAAGAAUGUAGAAAAACUUUCCACCGUAAAUCACGCCUCAAUGAACAUCAGAGAACUCACACAGGUGAGAAACCAUAUGAAUGUAAAGAAUGUGGAAAAACUUUCUACUCUAAAUCAAACCUCAGUGUACAUCAGAGACUUCACACAGGUGAGAAACCAUAUGAAUGUAGUGAAUGUGGAAAAACCUUUCACAGGAAGUCACACCUCAGCACGCAUCAGAGAAUUCACACAGGUGAGAAACCAUAUGAAUGUAGUGAAUGUGGAAAAACCUUUCAUGAGAAGUCACUCCUCAGCAUGCAUCAGAGAAUUCACACAGGUGAGAAACCAUAUGAAUGUAGUGAAUGUAGAAAAACUUUCCACCGUAAAUCACGCCUCAAUGAACAUCAGAGAACUCACACAGGUGAGAAACCAUAUGAAUGUAAAGAAUGUGGAAAAACUUUCUACUCUAAAUCAAACCUCAGUGUACAUCAGAGAAUUCACACAGGUGAGAAACCAUAUGAAUGUAGUGAAUGUGGAAAAACCUUUCACAGGAAGUCACACCUCAGCACGCAUCAGAGAAUUCACACAGGUGAGAAACCAUAUGAAUGUAAAGAAUGUAGAAAAACUUUCCACCGUAAAUCACGCCUCAAUGAACAUCAGAGAACUCACACAGGUGAGAAACCAUAUGAAUGUAAAGAAUGUGGAAAAACUUUCUACUCUAAAUCAAACCUCAGUGUACAUCAGAGACUUCACACAGGUGAGAAACCAUAUGAAUGUAAAGAAUGUGGAAAAACUUUCUACUCUAAAUCAAACCUCAGUGUACAUCAGAGACUUCACACAGGUGAGAAACCAUAUGAAUGUAGUGAAUGUGGAAAAACCUAUCACAGUAAAUCGCACCUCAGCAGGCAUCAGAGAAUUCACACAGGUGAGAAACCAUAUGAAUGUAGUGAAUGUGGAAAAACCUUUCACAGGAAGUCACACCUCAGCAGCCAUCAGAAAAUUCACACAAGUGAGAAACCAUAUGAAUGUAGUGAAUGUGGAGAAACCUUUCACAGGAAGUUACACCUCAGCAGGCAUCAGAGAACUCACACAGGUGAGAAACCAUAUGAAUGUAAAGAAUGUGGAAAAACUUUGUCCUCUAAAUCACACCUCAAUGAACAUCAGAGAACUCACACAGGUGAGAAACCAUAUGAAUGUAAAGAAUGUGGAAAAACUUUCUACUCUAAAUCAAACCUCAGUGUACAUCAGAGACUUCACACAGGUGAGAAACCAUAUGAAUGUAGUCAAUAUGGGAAAACCUUUCAUGGGAAGUCAAACCUCACCAGACAUCAGAGAAUUCACACAGGUAAGAAACUAUAUGAAUGUAAUGAAUGUUCAAAAAUUUUCUGAAGUAAAUCAGACUUCAAUGUACAUCACAGUACUCACACAGCAACGUGUCUGCGCUUACCUCCUGCCACUCAGGGCCUGAGAGGGGCGGGGCCUGAAGCUUUGUCCAAUCAGGGAACAGCCAGGGAGGAGGGGGCGGCCUUCCACAGUCUGGUGGGAUUUCUGUCUCUGGCGCUGGCGGAGCUCCGCGGGUCUCCACAGCUCCCUGUCCGGGAGGCCCAGGAGUCCGGAGCCCUCUGUGGGCAGCUCCGUGCAUCUCCUCAGAUUGCGGUGACAGCGGGAGGGUCAUGGGGAAAAUCCCCACGCGGUGUAUGGUCCAGGAGAGAAGGAGAUGCAGUCCCUGGGGUCUCCAGUCCCUCCUUUCUACUGUUAAAAAUUAAACUGAGACUUCGUCAAAAUGUUGGAGAGUUUAUUUAA